UUUGUGGAAGUAAACAUAAACAACUUUGGCAGGAGGUUUUUUUUUGGAAUUAUGUAGUUCUUUAUUUCCUUUUGUUUCUCUCGUUUCUGGGAAAGAUUUCGGUACAAGUGGUAAAGUUAUGUAAAUAUCCAAUCGUCGGGUUCCUUUUUUUUUUACUUAAUUCCAAUCACUUCGUGCAAAAUGGAAGCAUUGGCCAAGCACGAUUUCAACGCCACCGCCGACGACGAAUUGAGUUUCAGAAAAGGACAAGUCCUCAAGAUAUUAAACAUGGAAGACGACACAAACUGGUAUCGAGCCGAACUGGAAGGAAAAGAGGGUCUCAUUCCGAGCAAUUAUAUCGAAAUGAAGCCGCACAAGUGGUAUCAUGGAAGAAUAGCACGUGCAGAUGCUGAAUCUCUACUGAUGAACAAGCACGAAGGUGCAUUUUUAGUCAGAGUCAGCGAGAGUUCUCCCGGAGAUUUUUCCUUAUCUGUUAAAUGUGGUGAUGGCAUUCAGCAUUUUAAAGUAUUAAGAGAUAUACAAGGCAAGUUUUUCCUGUGGGUGAUAAAAUUUAACUCGCUCAACGAACUCGUGGAAUAUCAUCGCUCGGCAUCGGUCAGCAGAUCACAAGACAUCAAGCUGAUAGACAUGGAUCCCCAAGAGAUUCGCGUUCAAGCCAUGUACGACUUCCCAGCGCAAGAACAGGGCGAACUGGCCUUUCGUCGAGGCGAGAUCAUUACGGUCAUCGACCAGACGGACAAGAAUUGGUGGGAGGGAGAAAUUGGAACACGUCGCGGAUACUUUCCAGCCACCUAUGUUGUCCCCUAUCAUGCUCCCUGAACAAAGUGUCGAGUUCUCUCUCGUGCUCGUCCAAUUAUACACAAGCUUUCUUACAAUUCCUAAUGGCAUUCCAAGCUACGGACAAGAUCUGUCUCUCAGGAAAUUAUAUUUUUCCAAAUCACAAUAUUUGAAGAGAUUUUUUUAUACUUUUGCAGUUUUUUAGGUAUAGUUGCAUUUAAU